AUGACAAGAGUCCUGCUGUGUCUCAGUACCGUGUAUUCAGGCUACAUGCUGGAAGGCAUCAUCGUGGACUACGCCGUCAUUCUGGUGGUGGACAGUGCGGGCGUGAGCGGCGAUCAACUGGACUACCUGACCCUCCAGUCCAACCAGGUGGAGAACUCCUACCGCGAGGUCAAAGAGCACCCGAUCUUGGUCUACGCCUUCAGCGAGCUGAAGACCUUUGUCACCGAGGACCUCCUGAAGGACGCCUUGGAGAGCGUGUCUGAGAUCCCGGAGACGGUCCAUGCUGCAGGAGAAACCUCGAAUGAACCAGAGCCGGAACUCCCAUUCCCAGAAGACGUCAUGGAAGACGUCAGGAAGGACGAAUUCCUGCCCGAGGUGGCUGAAGACGACACGGUGGUCACAAUGGAAAGUGAUGUGGUCAUCCUGGAGGAGAGCGUUGAUAUAUCUUCCCCUCCCGUCGUCACCACGUCGGCACCUGACACCGGCAGCAUUAAGGAGGAGGGUUUGCUGCUGGAGAACACUGUGCAAACUACAGCGGCAGAAGAAGAGGACCACCACCAGCAGACACAGGAGGACGUCCCCCCGUUUGAGAGUCAAGAAGAAGGAGUCACGUUGCCUGAACCCCCAGUAUUGGUGGAGGCCUCAGGCACCGAUGACAUUGACAACCUGCUGUGGUGGCCUGAUACCACAACUUCGGCGGCAGCAGAGGCUGAAGAUGUGGUCGUUCUGGACGAGGAGCAUCUGGACAGUGGCGUCAUCACUGAGGAGCUCCUUGCAAGUGAAACAGCAGAAGAGGGCUUUUUUCCUGGUGCUGCAGAUGUAGCUAGUGAGGCUAGUCAACAAAGUAAAUCCAAGCAUUCUGAAGAGGCUGAAACAGCCGCUCCAGAAGAAGCGCCGCCUUCAGUGGAAGGACCUCCAGAAGCUUCAGAGAUUGCAACAGAUGAACUUGCCGAUAACGAUAUCUUGCUGGUCAACCAGGACACACCAGAACCAACUGCAGGGCCUGCAGAAGAGGAGUUACCCUUUGCAAAUGUACCUGAGAUUAAACCAGCUUUGGAGGAGCAACCUGACCUUGUCAUCCCUUCACUUGUGGAGAAGAUCCAGACCACCAAUGAAGAUGGCGACCCCAGCUACGAAGUGAUCGACUACGGCUUGAUCAACCACACGGAGGAGGGCAGCACGGGGUUCCCACUCAGCGUGUCACACGGCACUGACCCGACAAGCAUCGCCAUACCGGCUAACCCAGGUCGAGCGCUGAUGGUCUUCUUUAGCUUGCGGGUGACCAACAUGAUCUUCUCGGAGGAUCUGUUUAACAAGAGCUCGCCAGAGUACAAAGCGUUGGAGCAGCGCUUCCUAGAACUGCUCGUGCCCUACCUCCAGUCCAACCUGAGUAACUUUGAGAACCUUGAAAUCCUCAACGUCCGCAACGGAAGUAUCGUGGUCAACAGCCGGAUGAAAUUCGGCAAGCCUGUGGCUCAGGGCGUCACCUCCACAGUCUAUUUGAUCCUGGAGGACUUCUGCAACACGGCCAACCAGACCAUGAACCUGGCCAUCGAUAAGUACUCCCUGGAUGUCGAGUCAGGCGUCCAGGCGGACCCGUGCAAGUUCCAGGCGUGCAACGACUAUGCCGAGUGUAAGGUGAACAAAUGGUCUGGGGAGACGGAGUGUGUGUGUAACGCCGGCUACUUCAGCAUAGACGGCCUGCCUUGUCAGAGCAUCUGCGAGCUGCGCACCGACUUUUGCCUCAAUGACGGAAAAUGUGACAUCAUCAGGGAGCCAUCUAAUUAUGUUCACCUGUCUCUGAUUAGUGUUCGGCCGCUCACCUGCUACCCGAGCACUAAUCAGAGGCAUUAUUUAAGUUUGCCUUUGACAGUCAGUCGGCCUGGCGUCAUUAUUUGCUUCAUGCAACCUGUUACGGAAGUUUUGUUUCAUGCCAAAGUUUUGCGGGCGAAGAGCAUUCCAUCGCUGGAGCGGGCGACCAAGUACAACCCCAUGUACGAGAGCGAGGCCACCACGGGCUACAGCCACUAUUACCGCCGCUACCCUGAGGCUGCCAUCUACAGCAGCGCCAGCGCCGAGGCCUCCACCGACUUCAGCAGCGAGGAGAUCCGACACAUCUACGAGAACAGCGAACUGACCAAGGAGGAAAUCCAAGACAGGAUACGCAUCAUCGAGCUUUACGCCAAGGACCGCCAGUUUGCAGAUUUUGUGCGGCAGCAUCAAGCAGUCCUGGACACAAGAAGAGAAAGUUCUUCCGCACAGACAUGAAACAAGAAGGACAACAUCAGGAUUCCAAAAGACUGCACUAAAAAUCACUGACUUAUCUUUUUUUCCUAUGGUCUUCAUCCUGUCUUCAUGUGAGCAGGCGGUGGCUGCAUACCGUCCAUCUUUCUUCCUUCCUUCCUCGGUGCCUUCUGCUGGACAUGUCUCUCUGUGGAAAAAUGGACAUCAUUCAACGAUCAUGCAGUUUUAAGUCCAUUCCUGACGAAAAGUAUUGCUUGUGUACUGUAGUAUAGCCACAUAGUGCUAGCAGUGGACGGUGCUAUGUUUUAUUGACGUUUUCAAUGUAGUAAUAUAUCAUAAAAGUCACAUUUGACAUUUAAAAGACAAACAACGCUUCACAUCAAGAUGGCCAAAUGUUUGUGUUUUGGCAUCCCAAAGUUCGACCAAUCAGACGCUUGUUGACACACUAGAGAGCGGUAGAAGCAGCAGACGAGGAGAACCCGUUUCAGCAUCCAGAAGUAAAUGGAAACACAUUGCAUCUUUUACAAGCCAUUGGUAGAAAAGAUGCACAAAUGGACAUAAACAUUUGAAGGUUAGCAGUACGUUCUUUAAAUGAGACUACCGUUUGGCUCAGACGCCAUGUGUGUGUUUUCUUUGGUACUUGCUUACAUUCCACGAUUUGGACACGUUAUGCUCCAUCAUUUUUGUCCUGCUGAGCAGUAAAUCGUAGCUGUCCUACCUCGUUAUGUGCAAUCUUUAGCUCCCGUUAAACACACACACACACACACACACACACACACACACACACACACACACACACACACACACACACACACACACACACACACACACACACACACACGCACACGAUACAAGGCUUCUGCAGUUCCAAUACAGUGGAACCUCUACAAUCCAGCGACACUCAUUGAGCUUUUUCACACAUUUCUUGCAAACGAAAGCAGCCUCAAAAUGCCAAGUAAAAUGACAAUGACAAUGAUAAUGACAGUUUGAUCUUGGAACAUACUUCUAUGACCAUUAUUUGUUAGAGGAUUUCAUAUGCGAAAGUUGUUACUAAAUCCAAACUAAUCAUUUAUUGUUAGACCUUAGAAGUUCCACUGUACAUUUAAUAUGUUUAUGAAAUUACAGCCAAGCACAGACGUUAUGUCAUGUAGAUAUGAUUGAAUAUUAGGAUGCAUAUCACUGAUGUUCCGUUUAUUAACCAUAUACAUUUUUUAUACUCUCUCACCACCUGUUUCCAUACUGUGCAGCUGUUUCAAUUCCUUGUCAUGUGUCCGUAAUAAAAAAAACAUUUGUACAAGA